AUGCAGAGAUUUGGGCUGCCGGAUUUUAGCCGAGGGUCGAUUGGAAGCUCGGCAGCUGGCGGCGAGUCUCCUGGGUUGGGUGGUGUGGUAAUAGAGGAAGAUAUUCAGCAUGAGUUGGAGGAAAUGGAGAAAGAAACUGAUAUAGAUGACAUUUUGAGUUAUAGAUCUGUUGUUGAACGGGAACUAGAGGAUUUUUUGGUAAACUCAUCAACGAGGUAUGGGACCAAUUGUGGAAAUAUUGACAAGUCUGAGGGAGAUGAUCGUCCUACUAGUAAGCCACGAAGCUGGUUGAAUUGGUUACCUUAUGGGAUGCUUGGAGCUGGAGGAACUGAUGAUUCUGAUAGGUUUUCUGGUGUAAUUUCGGAUGAUGUCAUCAAGGAUAUAUAUGAGGCAACAAAAUUCAAUCCUACGACUGUACUAGUUGGAGAUUCUGCUAUGAUGGAUGAAGUUUACUUUUCUUCUCUAAAAAUCAACAUAUCCGAAAUUCGCACCAUGUUCUGGAGCAUGGAGCUGGGGUGUCCCAUUGUUGAUUUGAUGCUCACACGGAUCUACAUCGAGGGUAGGGUCUGGGAGAAAUCUGCGACUAUUAUUGCUUCGGUCAACUCUGCUCAGAUGUUUGAUCCUGUUAACAAUCAAGUUGUUAUGUUUACAAAAAAGGUCAAGUCUUUGGUUGAGGUUCUUGUAAAGGAGGAUCCUUCUCUAAAUAUCAAAGUUGAUCUCUACCCUUCAAGUUCUGAUUUAAGUUCCUCUGUGAAGGUGGUACUUGGUUCAAGUGAACUGUGCUGCAAUCCAGAGUUUGUUAAGAAUGUUGCAGAUUUCUUGUAUGUCAUACCACACUUCAGCUUUCAGAGGAAUAGGAUCCUGCUGUCUCUAAAUGACAUUAAUGACCUUAACUCACGACUUCUAUCAAAAAUUGAUUUUUAUUUAUCAAGCCGUACAAAGAUGAUAUUGGAUGUUAAUCUUUUCAAUACUGUCAUAAACAUGCCAUGGAAAGAUGUCAAAGCACAUAAUAUGGUUAUAGAAGUUGCAGCUAUUUCCAUCACAUCCAAAUUGGAAGGGGGGUUUCAGCUUCAGGAUCUAUAUGAUCACUUUGACUUCCAGAUAAAUGAUGCGCAGAUACGACUGAUGAUGCCUUCUUCUGCAACUACCCCUUUUGUUGAGAAAUUUAAUGCCUCUUUGAGCUUGGUAUCCUGUAUUUUACGUGAUGAACCAAUCCUCAAAGAGUUGGAGGUUCAUGUGCAUGUGCCGUCACUAACUGUUCACACCUCAGUCUCCAUUUAUGAAGAAAUUUUGGGAUUAAUUUCACAGUUAAUUACACAUCUUCCUCCAUCCAGCUCGACAGCUUCAGUGGAACUCAAGUCUAAUGGAUUGAAGACCCCACUAUAUAAAUGGUUCUCUAUCCUUGCCAAUUUGGAUAUUAUCUUCUUGACAGUUGAUCUUGAAGAAAGUAUGGCUGAUGACUUCACCUUGAACUUCUGUGGUCAGAAGCUAGGUGUUAGGUUUGAUUCUAGUGAUGUUCCCAAAUGCGGGGUCUCUCUGCAGACAUGUCAGAUUACCUGUACCUCUACCAAAGAUGACCAACGAAACCAAGUUCUUUGCUCAACCAGAAGCAUGCUGGGGUCUGAAACUAAGCAUCAGCACAACAAUGGUGUCGAGUUAGAUGGCCGAAAUGGAAAGUUGGAAGUAUACAGUUUACGCAACUGA